AUGGCCCUGCAAAGGAGCUCAGAAGAGGAAGCCGCGUAUGUUCUACAGCGCCUAAAAACAAGCGACCAUUAUCAACUGGCGCAGCAAAUCCGUGACGGUCAAUUGCUUGCGGAAUUCCGGGGCGACGAACUUUCGCCCCCUUACAGCAGCAGUGGUUACACUCCCGACACGUCAAGUCCUCGCCCGCCAGUCAGCGUGCGUCUUGCGCAAUAUGAAGAACUUGUCCGGACGCUUGCGAAUGCAACUCCCCUUGAAGUCGAAGAAAUCAUCGGGCGGCUUCGAAGGGAGAACAACGUUCCCUCGAUCCUCUCAGCAGUCAAGACAGGCUCACUUUCUCAACCUCUCAGCACGCGCGAAUCCGACCCAAGCCCUGGCAUCGAGGCGGAGUAUGCAGGAGGCGAGCAGAAUUUUGGGCUCGUAAAAGGCCCCACUGCCCAGUCUCUUGAGGACCAGCAACAUCGAGUGCCCGAUGCACACACGCCGCUGAACAACCAGUCAUGGACGACAGUCACGGACGACCGCGACUUAAUCGAGUAUCUUCUUUCGCUGUACUUUUCAUGGCAACAUUGCUUCUUUCAGAGCUUUCCGGAAAAGCUUUUUCGCGAAGAUAUGGCUGCCGGCCGUACAAAAUAUUGCUCUCGGCUGCUGGUAAACGCUAUAUGCGCCGCCGGUUGCCUCCUGUAUAACCACACAGAGCCCGAUCACAACUCUUUCGAUCCCCGUACAGCCGGUUCGAGAUUCUUUGAUGAGGCCGUCAAGAUCCUGAAUGACACGGAACAGCCAAGCAUUCCAACCACUGCAGCACUGUACCUCUUGUGCCAUGUUGAAGGCAGCCGAGGCCGCAUGAGCGCCUUGUGGAUGCUCUCCGGCAGAAGCACCCGCAUGGCUCUUCACCUCAAUCUACACUUAAGAAGCGAUAGAGCGAUGAAUGAGUCUUUAACAACCGACUCGGAGAAGACCGAAAAAGCUCGACGACAUGCUUUCUGGGGCUGCUUUAUUUCGGACCAGGUUGCAAGUUUUACCCUUGGCCGAAUACCACAGAUACCGGUCAAUGCCAUCACCGUGGACCUUCCAGCCAUAGCGGUAGAGGAAGAUGAGAGCGAGUGGAUAGCGUACGGGAUCAGCCGGCCGCGGAAACCCAGUCUCCAGUCGUCCACGUUUCACGCAGUCGCCGAGCUGUCAAAGAUUGUCAACUCGACGUUGUUGAUGUUCUUCGCCCCUUCGAAGGUGAUGAGCGGCCAUCUCCUGCUUGAAGAGUACCGCAAAUACACGCAGUGGUACGCAAAGUUGCCAGAAGCCCUUGUCUCAACGGAAGACGCCACCCCGCACGUCCUAUCCAUGCACAUGUACUACCACGCCGCGGUCCUCCUCCUCUUCCGCCCCUUCCUCAAAGCCCAGUUCACCGAAUCCGACGUCUCCCCCCGCGACGUGUGCCGCUCCUCCGCGAACGCCAUCUCCGACAUCUUCGCGCAGCACCGGCAUCUCUACAACCUGGUCGGCAUCUACACCUUCCAGCUGCACUGCCUGCUCACAGCCUGCACGAUCCACAUCAUCAACCUCCCCGCCAUCGCAUCCGGCAAAUACCUCGCCGCCGCGUGCAACCACAUGCAGGACCUGACGUCGCGCUCAAAGUGGGCGACGCUAAACCUCAGCAUCAUCAAAGGCCUCGUCCAGAAAUGGAACAUCAUCCUGCCCAUCGAAGCCGAGCAGGCCCUGUACAAGAACCAAGACACGCUCUCCGAGUUCGACUUCGGCGACGCCUCCCAGGCCGACACGUUCCGCCCCGAGAAGCGGCCCAACUACCUCAAUCCGUCGAGCCAGGUCAUGCAGAAGAGGCAGAGGCUCGCGCCGAGGGAGACGAGGGAGCAGCCGACGAAUUAUCUCUUUGCCCCGUUUCCGAACCAGCCCGCGCCGCUGCUUGGCCCGAUCCAUACGAGUACGAGCGCGGAUACGGUAUGGAAUGACGAGUUGAGCAAGGUCGCGCAGGGGUUUGAUGGGUUGAGCUUUAAUGCUGAUGAUUGGUUUGAUCCGUUUAUGGGGUACCAGGGGGAUUGA